AUGAAUUCGAAGCGAAAACAAAUCAAAUUGGAAUCAGAAAAAAAAAUAAAACAAGAAGAGUAUUCUGGCGAUGAAGAUUCAUAUAAUGAAUCUAACGAUGAUGACCUUAAAAGUAGUGGAAAGUUAAAAACUCGACAGGAUAAUUCUUUAUCUGUCUUAACUAAAAAGUUUGUUGAACUUAUAUAAAAUUCAAAUUAAUUUACAAUAGAUUUGAAUAUGGCUGUAAACGAUUUAGGAGUCUAAAAAAGAAGAAUUUAUGAUAUUACAAAUGUUUUAGAAGGAAUAGGAUACAUUGAAAAAAUCUCAAAAAACAAAAUUAGAUGGGUUGGUGCUAUGGAUGAUCCACAACUAGAAACUGAGCUCUUAUUGAUUAAAUAAGAAUUAGAAUUAUUAUAAAAUGAAGAAAAAACUUAUGAUUUUUGGAUCGAACAUUUAUAAAAAAAUCUUUAAGACAAAUUUUAGAUAGAACCUGAAAUUAUGAAAUAUACAUUUCUAACCCAAGAAGAUUUUAAAGAGCUUUCAAAAAGUUAAUAAAUUGAUCAUAAAGGUGAAACUCUCUUCAUUGUUACUGCUCCUAAAGGCACAUUAGUAGAAACUGUCUUAGAAAACAAUCCUGAAUUUCCUUAUUAGGUAUACUUAAAUAGUUCAAAGGUUCAAUCUUUAAAUAAUGAAAUUUAAGUUUACAUUUGUUAAGAUGAAAAUUAUCCAAUAGAAUAUGAAAAAAAGUAAAAUUGA